CAAGCCAUUUUGGCUCAAGGUCACCAUUUAUGUGGAACGCCGUUCCAAAGUCCUCUUCUUUACACCCAUUCCCUUUACAGCCCAGUCAAUGUACAUUCACAUUCUCCUCUGAGGACCAUGGCUUCGAGCGCUUAGCCUGACGGCCCCUCCCGCGCACACGCCCGCGCGCCAGGCACGCCAGUGGUAGUUGGGAGGGACUGUUCUACGCAGGUCCCUGAAUCAGAAUGAUGGCGACGACGGCCCCAAGGUACACACGCUGGCGACUCCUACGACACCAGUGGAGGCGUUCUCUCCGGCACGGGGACAAGCACAGCACGAGCAACAGGAACAAGACCUGCAUCCGCCUACCUUGGAGCACAUCGCCAAGAUGUUCCGCAAGGCGGUGCAGCCCCCCCGCACGACCAUAUAUAACCUCGAAUGGCGCAUCAAUGACAUGAGCGGGACCAUCGAUAUCAGGUUCGAGGAGGUGGAGGAGCAAUUUGACGACACUUCCAUUCGUGCCACCAACCUCGAGAGUAAUCGCGCCGAGCUGAUUGAUGACAUUACUGCUAGGGAUGCCGCUCUUGAGUCGCACCCACUUCAUCCUGAUUUCGAUUCUACAGGAACCGCCUCUGCACGCAGUGGGGGAUCCGCGGUGGAGGCGGGCUUCAUCGAGCUCGAGGGCCAGAUGGCGGAAUUCACCACGGACGCAGUACGAAUGCGCCGAAGACUUUGGGGGCCAUGGCAACUUCGAUACUUAACGGUACGAUGCCACAUGGACCAGCGAAUCUGCUCUUCAGCUCAGAACCCCAGAACCAGCCGAUGUCCUCAUCAAGGGCGAAUCGUUCCAGCAGUUUGCUGUCGCAGAUAUUCUAGGACAGGCGCCGUUCAAUCAUCAAGAAAGCAUAAUGUGGACACGUCGGGAUCAGCCACUGGAAAAGAGGGUGCCAAAGAGUUUCUGGUCCUGCUUCCAGACGAGCUGUCAAAAGCUAUGUGCGCGCAGAAAAAAAAACAGUUUGUCUUGC